ACCCCUAAUGUCUCAGUCCAGAGUUGGGGGUCCAGAAAAGGCAGUUGCAGUGUCCGCUGCGACUCAGCAAAGUGACAAUAUCGCACAUGCACUGGCUGGCGCUGGAGGCGGUAUUCUCUCAAUGGUCUUGACUUACCCCCUCAUAACCCUCUCAACAAGAGCACAAGUUGAGUCCAAGCGCGCUCAUUCCACAACUUAUGAUGCUAUAUGUCGUAUUGUUCAGAGGGAGGGAUUUACUGGGCUCUAUGCGGGUCUUGAGUCUGCUCUUUUCGGCAUAAGUGUUACCAAUUUUGUCUAUUACUAUUGGUAUGAAUGGACGCGCUCGGCUUUCGAAAAGGCAGGUACACGAGCGGGGCGGAGUUCUAAAAAGCUUACGACAGCUGAGUCGAUAGUUUCCGGGGCUAUCGCUGGGGUUGCAACGGUCAUGAUUACCAAUCCAAUUUGGGUUGUGAACACCAGGAUGACAGCUCGCAACUCCGAGUCAGUCCAAGAAGCAUUGCCCGGUGCUUCUGCCAAGAAAACUCGAGCAUCAUCAACAAUUGCCACAUUGAUGGCAUUGCUUCGACAUGAGGGCCCCAAAGCUCUAUUUGCCGGUGUCCUCCCUGCUUUAAUCCUGGUGAUUAACCCGAUUCUGCAGUAUACAAUAUUUGAACAAUUAAAGAACGUUCUGGAACGCCGUAGGCGAAUGACGCCAAAGGAUGCGUUUUAUCUCGGCGCUCUUGGCAAGAUAUUGGCUACCUCGAUUACUUACCCUUAUAUCACGGUCAAAAGCCAGAUGCAUGUUGCCAAAAAGGAUGAUCCCAAAGAAAGCCUGAAUGGGAGUCUAAGGAGGAUCAUCAAGGAGGAGGGUUAUGUAGGAUUGUACAAAGGUAUCGCACCAAAGGUCACCCAGAGCGCUAUCACUGCAGCAUUCUUAUUCGCAUUCAAGGAUGUUCUGUAUGAUUUAAUAAUCUCUAUUCGGAAGAAAAACCGGACAAUCUCCAAAUAAAAUCUAUGAUGUACCAAGACAGCAGUGAGACGUUGUAAUAAUACGGCUCGCGG